AAAAAUUUGGAACAAAAGAAAUAAAAAAAAAGUCCAAUGGACAGAACUGGACAGUCAGAAUGAUAAUAUUUCCAAUAUUCAUCAUGAUUAUAUGAAUACAAUUAACUGAUUGUAUUGUAUAAUUUGGCUUGCGCAUGAUGAUGAUGAUAAUGAUGAUAGAGAUGAUAUUUAUCAAGGUGAAAUUAAUUCAUUGAUAACAUGAGGAUUCAUUGGAAACUAAUAUCAUUAUCAACUUGUAUUGGUUACAAUUAAUUUCAUCUCAAACUGUUAAUCAACAUCGGGAUAAUUAAGUGAAGAUUUUACUAAAACUGUUGUUACUUUUUAUGAGUUGUACUUGUUUUUUUUUAAAUUAUCCUUAUUUGUAUAUUUACAAUUAAGUUACUUUUAAUUGUGUUGUUUAAUUAUCUCUCAAUGAAUUAUGGUCUCGAUUGCGGAUUCGUUAACUUCAACUGGACAAUGGGCAAGUUUAGCUUAUCCAACGGAAUAUUUAACAAUUAACUCAAAGGCAACUAAAAGUAAUCAUAAUUAUCCUUAUGCUAAUGGAACAAUUAACUCAAAUCAACGACAAAAGCUGACAAUUAACAAUAAAAUUAAUCCGGUUGACUCUAAUUCAAACAUUGCUCUUUUUGAUUCAAUUCGUAAUCAAAGAUACAGACAGUGUCUUCUGUUGAUCCAAAGUGGUCAAGAUGUGAAUGGACGCAAUGAAUCAGGGGAAACUCCAUUAAUCUUUUUGGUGAAGACAUUAAAUCGUAAAGAACAACGAAAGAUGAGAAUCAAAUUUGCUAAAUUGUUGAUUGAUUUUGGAGCCAAUCCAAAUAUACAAGAUUCUCGGGGUCAAACUGCCUUAAUUCAUGCAACAAUUAAGGGUCAAGAUGAUGUCGUUCAGUUGCUACUUUCUCAUGUUAAUACCGAUAUCACGAUUCAGGACAAAGAGGGCAAUACUGCCCUGAUGCAUGGGGCUAAAAGUGGACAAUCAAAUGUCGUCGAGUGUUUUGUUGGUCAUUUCAUCAAACGCGAACUUGAUCCUAAUCUAUUGAGACAACGAAACAAUUACGGCAAAAACGCAUUGGAAAUUGCAAAGGAAGAAUCAAAAGGUGAAAUUGUAUCGCAAUUAACUAAUUACUUGACCCAAUUCAAUUCGAUUUACUCGAAAGACUUGGAAAGAUGGACAUCAAUCAGACCAACACUUUCGAAAGCUAAAUCACUUGAUUCAAUUUCCGUUGAUUCAGAUGGAACCUAUGUAACUAGUGAUUAUCACAAUCAACUUAAUCAUGAUCAAAAUCAUCACACUGGAUCACAAUAUCAUCUUGAUGGUAAAGAUGAUGAUUUAAUUGCGACCAAGAUGAAACAAUGUUCAUUAUCACGUCGUCAUUAUAACAACAAUAAUAACUCAACGGAUAAAAAUGAAGCUAAUUGCGAUGAUAAUUUAACUAAUUGUAAUAGUUUCGAAACUGCUCUGAGGAAAAAGAUUGAAAAUCUUAAAUCAAUUAACCGAUCAACUGAUUAUUAUGAGGAAAUCUGGGAACAAGAAACAAUGUCUUGGUUUGGAAAUGGAGAAAUCAAUGAAAAUACUAAUAGCACAAUCAAUAAAUCACAAUUAAAAACUUCAACAAAAUCAUCUUCGUCUAAAUCAUCUUCAUCUAAAGGAGGUAAAUCUGAUGUAAUUAAAGCUAAUCCAGAUUCUAAUCACAAUCAAGAGAUUGCUCAAGAUUGUGAAUCGUUGAAAUUACCACCGAUUGGAUCUAAUCGGUUAAUUGAUUACAAAACUUGGUGUGAUUUAGCAACUUCAUCAAGAAAUAACAAUUUAAAAAAGUUAUGAUUGAUUGUUACUAAUUGUUAUCAACUGGAAUCCAAUUGCUAACUGUUAAGUUUGAAUCAAAUUUGCUAAUUGACAAAAUUUGUUAAUUGUUAUUGAAAAUUCAAGGAUUAUCAUUACAGUGAUGGUUUGUUAAACUAGUUAGUAAAUUUUCAUUUACUAAUUAACAAAUGGAAUGGUCAUUUCACCAAUGGAAUUGAUUUUCUGUAUAAUUAAAUUUAAACUGAGUUUCAUUUUCCCACAACAAUUAAAACAAAAUUAUAUCACAUUAACACAUAUUCAUAUUGACAUAAUCUAAUUGUUAAUUAAAUUGCUUGGACUUCCCUGAUUUUAUUUGUCAUUAAUUAUCAACAAUCACCAAUCUUUAAAAAGCUCAAACAAUUAACUUAAAAAUAAGAUAAUAGAGACAAAUUAAUUAUCGAUAUUAUUUUUCCUUGAUUGUUGAUUAUUUGGAAAUUUUUUCUGACAAUUUAAAGUUAUCAAAAUAAGAAACACUUUAAACUUUAUGUAAAUAUUGCAACUGAUUAAUU